AUGCGUGAGAUUGGUAACCAAAUCGGUGCCGCCUUCUGGCAGACCAUCUCCGGCGAGCAUGGCCUCGACGGCUCCGGUGUCUACAACGGCACCUCGGACCUGCAGCUCGAGCGCAUGAAUGUCUACUUCAACGAAGCGUCCAACAACAAGUUCGUGCCCCGUGCCGUCCUCGUUGACCUCGAGCCCGGUACCAUGGACGCCGUCCGCGCCGGCCCCUUCGGCCAGCUGUUCCGCCCCGACAACUUCGUCUUCGGCCAGUCUGGUGCUGGUAACAACUGGGCAAAGGGUCACUACACCGAGGGUGCCGAGCUCGUCGACCAGGUCCUCGACGUCGUGCGCCGCGAGGCCGAGGGCUGCGACUGCCUCCAGGGUUUCCAGAUCACCCACUCCCUCGGAGGUGGUACUGGUGCCGGUAUGGGUACGCUCCUCAUCUCCAAGAUCCGUGAGGAGUUCCCCGACCGCAUGAUGGCCACCUACUCCGUCGUGCCCUCCCCCAAGGUCUCCGACACCGUUGUCGAGCCCUACAACGCCACACUCUCCAUCCACCAGCUGGUUGAGAACUCCGACGAGACCUUCUGCAUUGACAACGAGGCUCUCUACGACAUCUGCAUGCGCACCCUCAAGCUGAACAACCCUUCAUACGGCGACCUGAACCACCUCGUCUCCGCCGUCAUGUCGGGUGUCACCACCUGCCUGCGUUUCCCCGGUCAGCUCAACUCCGACCUGAGGAAGUUGGCCGUCAACAUGGUUCCCUUCCCCCGUCUCCACUUCUUCAUGGUCGGAUUCGCUCCCCUCACCAGCCGCGGCGCCCACUCCUUCCGCGCCGUCACCGUUCCCGAGCUCACCCAGCAGAUGUUCGAUCCCAAGAACAUGAUGGCUGCGUCCGACUUCCGCAACGGUCGCUACCUGACCUGCUCUGCCUACUUCCGUGGUAAGGUUUCCAUGAAGGAGGUCGAGGACCAGAUGCGCAACGUCCAGAACAAGAACUCCUCCUACUUCGUUGAGUGGAUCCCCAACAACGUCCAGACCGCCCUCUGCUCCAUCCCUCCCCGCGGCCUCAAGAUGUCCUCCACCUUCGUCGGUAACUCGACCUCCAUCCAGGAGCUGUUCAAGCGUGUCGGUGACCAGUUCACUGCCAUGUUCAGGCGCAAGGCUUUCUUGCAUUGGUACACUGGUGAGGGUAUGGACGAGAUGGAGUUCACUGAGGCUGAGUCCAACAUGAACGACUUGGUCUCCGAGUACCAGCAAUACCAGGAGGCUUCCGUCUCCGAGGGUGAGGACGAGUACGAUGAGGAGGCUCCUCUCGAGGCUGAGGAGUAA